AUGCCACCCAAGGGCAUUUACCAGACUGCUCUCCCCGAAGCACGCGGGCUGAAGUAUGACGAAUCCGAUAUGGCUCUCUUUCACGCCAAGCUCUCGUACCAUUCUACCAUCGAAGCCCGCAUGGCAUCCAAGGACUCCAACCUAGCAUCGAUCUCGGACGCUCAGGCGCGGAUUCUCAAGCGCUGGGAGAUGCUAAAGCAGGUGGAAAAGGAGAUGGCCGACAAAGGCAAAUGUCUGUCUCCCGCGGAAAGAAAGCAGCUGGCUCAAUACGAGUGGCGAUAUAAACGAUUGGAGGAAGUGGCCACUCAGAGCACCAGCUGA